UAUAAUGAAGAAGCUAUGCAAUCAGUUGACUUCUGAAAGCGGCAAAGCUCCAGGAAAUAAAGCAACUGAGCCAGUUAUUCUUUACUUCUUUCAUUCGGCGACUUUUGAGUUUAAACCUCGCCAACAUGGAGGAACUGUUCAACAAAAUCUUACAGGUUCAUGUGAGACAUAAGGACUUCGAGGAGAGGAAAGCAAAUAUACGUGUCAGUAUUGGGCUGACAACCACUCCAGUCCACAGAAAAGAUCUUCUAGUAAAGUUAACUGAUGAUACAGACCCAUAUUUUCUUUUCACUCUUCCCAUAUCAGAAGAAGAUUUCCAAAGUUUGAAGGUGCAGCAGGGCCUGUUGAUAGACUUUGCAUCAUUUCCCCAGAAAUUUAUUGACCUGCUUAACCUGUGUAGCUUGGAGCAAGACUCAGACAAUCCAAGGUUUCUCCUACAUUUGACAUGGCAGUCUCCAACGAUCGAAUGCUGUGCCACCUUCAGUGUUGUAGAGACAAAUGCUUUCAAGCACCUGAACCACCUGUCUCUGCGGCUUAUCCAAGGCUCAGACAAAGAAGUGAAAGAUUAUUUGGCAGCAUGUCUGGCGACUUUGAAGACGGAAAAGCUGGCUGUAGACAUGAAGCUCAAGGAGACUGAAGAUGAUCUGUCCCGGCAGCUGAGUUAUACUCAACAGACUUUGUCUGAGAAGACUAAAGAGCUGGAGAAACUGCGGUCGGAGUGGACAAAUCACACCAGUUCUCUUUCCAGUCGUCAUUCUGAGGAGUUGCAGUUGGAGAGGGAGAAGAUUUUAGAGUUACAGAGCAAAUUUCAACACGAGACGGAGCAACUGCGCCAGGGGCUGGAGAGUGCUCGUAUAAAGGGCACACAGCAGCUCCAAAGCAGAGUGACUGAGCUGGAGACUUCCUGCAGAGAGCUGACAGAGAGAAGAUACAAGAAUGAAUCCAUCACCCGAGACCUAAAAAUUAAAGUAACUGGGUUGGAGGAGAAACGCCAGAAGAAUCAGGUGGAGGCCUUAAUCUCCUGGAUCAAAGACUACCUGACAAACAGACCACAGUUUGACUGUGUGUCAAACAAGGAAUGCCAGCGUUUAAAGCAGCAGGUCCUAAGUCUCAGGAGGGAAAAUGGCACUCUUGACACAGAGGUCCAUGAAAAGGAGUGUAUAGUUAGCCAGCUGCAGGUCAGAGUAGCUGUUUUGGAGCAGGAGAUUAAAGAUAAGGAGAUGGCGAUGUGCCACACAAAAGAGGUGUUGGAGGCCACUCGGCAGCAGAAGGAAUCUGCGGAAGAAACUGCAGAAAAUAAGGAACUUCAGUUGAGAAGACUUGAAGCAACAGUGAAAUCGCUGUCAGAGGAACUGCUAAAGGCCAAUGGGAUAAUCCAGAAACUGCACGGAGAGGUUCGAGGGCUUACUAGUAAAGUAAAGGUCAAAAAUACUGUGACUGUGUCACAGGAAAAGGUUCUUCGAGAGACACAAGCUGAACUUCAAAGGGUUGACAAGAAUCUACAGAGCGCUCAGAAGCAGGUCCUAAGUAAGGAGGAGGAGGUCAAACAAGUGAAGGAGCAGUUGGAGAUAACAGUACAGAAGCUAAACGAAAGCAAAGAAGUCUUAAAAACAAAUGAAAACGUUAUAAACUGGCUUAACAAGCAGCUAAAUGAAGUUCAGCAGACCAAAAAGACACCAUCUGCUGAACGUUUGGACAGUUCUUUAGGAUUAUCCACACUAACAGGACUUAGGGCACAGUUUUAUCCUCAGCCUGGUAAACCUGCUUUGUCCCCUGCUAUGGCAACUGACGUUUCUCCUGCUGACCACAGAGUCGGGCUGUCAGUCGGCAGACAGUUUGGAGACUCUGCUGGUCUGGAUGCCAAGUACUUCAGUAGCAGAGGUGAUGGCAUCCCAGUCUACUCUUUGUCAUCUAAUAUUAUGCAAAGAGAGUUCCCUCUGAAAACAAAGCCGUCUGUGACUUCUGCGUACUUCUCUUCAUGAAAUUUUGACUGCUUGUUCCAUCGUCCCACCAAAAACCGUUUCCUAUCACUAGGAGUUGGUCAGCUCUUCCUCUUCUGUUAUCACUACAUGACUUGUACAGAGAUGUUUCUACCAUAUAUGAAACACGCCUCUUUGUAGUACCUUUAUAUUUUAAUUUUCUAAAGCUUUUUCAUCCCAUUUAAGCUUUUUUUUUUUCAUAUUGUUGUUCAUCUUGGUUUUGUUAAAUUGUUAAGACUCUUUCACUUCACAUUAAAAAAAAUUCAAAACUAGAACCUUUCUACUUUUUUAAUUCUAAUUUUCAUUUUUGCUGUCACUGGAAGUCAAUUCAGGUUAUUAGCUUAACUUUCUGUUUUCCUUUCUAGAUAAUAUUAAAUGUUAUGCAGAAUUUUGAAUAAAACUCUUUUAGCUUGAA